AUGAAUUCCAAGACCGCUAAAGGUAUAAUUGGUGGCAAGUGGAGCUUAAAGUCGGGUAGCUCCAGACCUGAGAAUGAUCUCGAGAAGUACAAGCAAGAGAAUGCAGCCCUGAGAAAAUCCUUGGAGGAAGCUGUGAAAGGGAAAGGCAAAAUGAGUGACCCGGAAAAGGACGGGCUGCGAGAGAAAAUACUUUCCCUUGAAAAAGAAAAAGAAAAACACAACCAUAUUCUCGAAGAGAAGGACAAAGAAAUCCAAAACCUGAAGGACAAGCUUAGAUCCAAACCCAAUAGCAGUGACGUCUUCUUGUUACAAAGUCAACUAGAGGAAAAAACAAAGGAAGCAGAAAAAAGAGAACAGUUAUUUUCUUCUCUAUUGGAAGAAAUGAACCGGUUAAAAUGUAAUUUAUCCACUGUUACUGCAAAAUGUUCUGAGCUUGAAAACAGAGCUGGUACUUCUCAGGCAUCCCAGGAAGCUGUAACAAACAGCACUGGAUCACCAACUAAUCUUUAUGAAGUUGAAAAACAAUUGAAAGAUGCUCUUGAGAAAAACCAACAGUGGCUACUGUAUGACCAGCAACGUGAAGCGUAUGUCAGGGGAUUGCUUGGAAGGAUCUUUGAACUUGAACAGAAGUUGGAAAUAGUUAGCCCACAAGAAUCAAAAGAUUUCAACUCGGAAGGUCAUCUACAGGAGGAAAAGCAAAAAUAUUAUGACCAGCUGUUACUAACCGCUAAGAGUGAUCUUGAGACAGAAAGACGCACUGUAACCCAGCUGAGAUCCGAACUUAAUGAAUUCAGAAAGAAGUAUGAAGAAACAAACCAAGAAAUAACGAGUUUAAAUGCCUUAAUGCAGUCUCAACAGGUUGCUGAAAUGAAGACUCUAGAAAAUGAAAAUAAAAUUAAAGAAGAGAAAGUGCAGAGACUUAAACAAGAAAAUGAAACUAUUAAAGGACAGCUCAGAGAAGAAAAGAAAAAGUCUGAAGAUCUUUUAUGUCAGGUGCAACUUCUUCAUAAAUCAUUGCUCAAACAGCAGGAGGAACACACUAGGAUAGCUUUAUUGGAACAACAGAUCCAGAUAUGCACCACAGACUUUGAGAAUGAAAAACUUGAUCGCCAGAACUUGCAGCAUCAGUUAAACAAAGUCCUUAAGGAACUGCGCAAGGCCAGGGAGCAAAUAACCCGUCUGGAACCUCUGAAACUUCAGGAAUCUGGACGUAUGGAACCACAAGAAGACUUGCAAGCUGUGUUUGAAGAGAAACUGACCACAUAUGACAGAAGUCCUUCCCUGAAACAUUCAAGCUUUCUUGAUGAAAGUUUUCUUGAGUGCCCCAGGUGUAAAGUGCAGUAUCCAACAAGCCAGCACAGAGAAUUACUAGCACAUAUUGACUUUUGUACAGCUUGA